UCUUGAAUUUCCGGAAGUGUAUCUGGCAAGUUACCCUGGGAAUAUUAUUAACUCGCCGCGUGUUUUUAUGAUGCUUUUUGCGAGAAAGUCGAAUUUUGUUUUUGUAAAGAAUAAACUUUGAAAGAAUCAUGGAAACAUUUGAUCCCAAUGAUCACCAGCAUAUUCGAUAUAAUCCCUUGAAAGAGGAAUGGAUUUUGGUGUCACCUCAUCGCAUGAAACGUCCUUGGAAAGGUCAAGUGGAAAAGGAUGAAGUUGAUGACAUUCCACGUUUUAGUCCAUGUAAUCCACUUUGUCCUACAGCUGUGAGAUCAAAUGGCCAGGUAAAUCCUGAUUAUAAAGGAACAUUUGUAUUCCAAAAUGAUUUUCCUGCUUUGUUAACUGAAGGUCCUGAACCAGAAACUAGUGAUGACCCAUUGCUUCAAAUGAAAGCAGCAAAAGGUACAUGUAAAGUAAUGUGUUUUCACCCUUGGUCAGACCUGACUCUCCCAUUGUUUGAACAUGAUGAAAUUGUCGCUGUCAUUGAAGAAUGGGUUCGAUUGAUGAUUGAACUGGGACAGAAAUUUGAAUGGGUACAAAUAUUUGAAAACAAAGGUAGCAUGAUGGGUUGUUCCAAUCCACAUCCUCAUUGCCAGGUUUGGGCAAGUUCCUUCAUUCCAAAUGAACCAGCUGUUAAAGAUAAUACUCAGAGGAAAUAUUUCAAUAAACAUGGAUCACCCAUGCUGGUAGAUUAUGUCAAACGGGAACUUGAUGCCAAGCUGAGAGUUGUACUGUGCAAUGACCACUGGGUUUGGCUUGUCCCUUUUUGGGCUGUGUGGCCUUAUGAAACGAUGCUUUUACCUCGGAGACAUGUAUUACAUCUCCAAGAUCUUUCUAAAGAUGAGAAAAAUAGCCUGGCUUCCAUCAUGAAACAACUCCUUACCAAAUAUGACAACUUGUUUGAAACUUCUUUCUCAUAUUCUAUGGGUUGGCAUGGAGCUCCAACUGGCUUUCAUUUGAAUUCUGACCAAAAACAUUGGCAACUGCAUGCCAUAUACUAUCCUCCUUUACUUCGUUCAGCCAAAAUCAAGAAGUUCAUGGUUGGUUAUGAAAUGCUUGCUCAACCACAGCGAGACUUAACAGCUGAACAGGCUGCAGAAAAACUCCGCUCACUUUCAGAUGCACAUUACAAAUUGCGACAAUCAAAAAGUGACAAAUGAAUUAUUUGGAUAUUGAACAACACUGAAUGCAAUUGUAUUUUUUCUUCCUUUUUUUUAACAUUGAAUUGGCUUAUAUCUUAAUAAACAUAUUUACAAAUUGAA